AUGCACGCUGCACAAGUUCAGUCCUGGUCCGAAGGCCCGCGCUACACCGCCGUGGACAGUCCUCCGGCGCCAUCAGACGACCAGAUCCAGCUCCGCGUCUUGGCAGCCGGCGCCCACCGAGUCGUCCGGUCUCGAGCAGCAGGCAAGCAUUACUCGGCCCGCGCACUCCCCCACAGAGUCGGCAUAGACUGUGUCGGCCAAGACGAGGCGACCGGCAAGCUGUACUACUACUUCAACCUCCACCUCGGCACAUUCGCCGAAUACAUCAACGUCGACAGGAAUGUCGUCUACGAACUGCCGGACGGGACCGACCCGGCGUCGUUCGCCGCCAGCGUCAACCCGGCCUUCAGCAGCUGGAUGGCCAUCACGCAGCGCACCUUCAAUCUCCCAAAGGACUACACCGUCCUGAUCGUCGGUGCAACGAGCGCAAGCGGCUUGCUAGCGGCCCAGGUUGCGAGGGACCUCGGCGCCGGCAAAGUCAUCGGCGUGGCCCGAAACGCCGCCGCGCUGGACAGAGUCGCCGGCCUCGACGAGCAGAUCGUGCUCAAGGAUCCUGUCACCGACACCGACUUCUCCCAGGUCGACUGCGACGUCAUCCUGGACUACGUCUACGGCGACGUCACCACGCACAUCCUUUCGUCGCCGAAGGUCAAGAAGCCGGUCCAGUACGUCCAGAUCGGCAGUCUGGCGCAGCAGACGGCGACCCUGCCGUCGCAUAUAUUCAGAUCCUACGACCUGACGAUGAGGGGUGCCGGACCGGGCGCGUGGAGCUUGAAGGCGUUGGCGCAGGAGAUGAAGACCAUGGUGCCGAAGAUGGCGGGCUGGAAGUUGCUCGAGGCGCAUAGUGUGCCCCUGAAGGAUAUCGAGACGGCGUGGAAUGAUACGUCGUUGGCAGCCAAGGGCAGGGUGGUCUUUGUUCCCUGA